CCCAUGUAACUGAUGGGCCGAAACGUGUGGCUACCGUGUUUAACAAUCACUUCCGGUACACUGCGCAGAAGUUGACUGUUGAGGAUCGAGGUGUGUUUUUAGAGAAGAAAAUUUGGUUAUUGGCACACGCAGAAGGAAUGUAGGGAGUAAAGAAAUUGGAAGAUGAAGCAUGUGAUGAUGUUGAUUUUAUGGAAAGUUCUUAGUCUGACAAUCUCCAUCACAACUGCAGCGUCUGUGAUAAAGGAACUAAAAAAUCCAAACCCGCAAGAUGAGUUUUCUCUCAUGUCAAAGUAUGGAUCUGACAUGAUCAUUGUAGGUGGCACAAACUAUAUUCAUAGAGUGUUUUCUGGGAAUUUAAGUUUGGAACUAUCAGAGAAAAUAGGACCUAAACUGGACAAUCCAGACUGUCUGAACCUGGAGAAGGUAACCUGUACCAAGACCAUGUAUAACAGCUAUGUCAAAGCUCUCCUCAUCAAUAAGAAAAAGGAUCCACAACAAGAUGAAAUCAUCAUCUGCACAAGUCUGUUUCAAGGAAGUUGUGAUAAGCGAAAUGCAUCUACCCUUGAAUUGCUUCCAAAAUCUUAUGAAAAUACGGUGAACCCUGUGGUGGCAAACAAUAAGACUGCCACCACCGUGGCAUUCCUGGCACCGGGACCACAAGAUACCACAGCAAUGUAUGUGGGGGCGUCUUGGACAAAUACAGGAUUGAGAGCCAUCCGGGGACUUGUACCAGCAUUUAGCAGCAGGAAAAUCGAGGACUUUCAAUUCACACACUUUAGCAUUGCGACCAAGUCUUACACUAUGUUGGAUGAAAUUAAUAGAGACUCCUUUCCUAUUCGUUACAUUUAUGGGUUUGCAUCGGGAAAUUUUAGUUAUGUUGGAACAAUUCAGAAAACCAGUGUUGCUGCUGAGGGUUAUAUUUCUAAAUUGAUUAGGGUGUGUCUGUUUGAUAAAGACUUUUACUCCUAUGCAGAAACUGCUUUAGAAUGUGUUCAUAAUGGAAAGACUUACAAUUUGCUGCAAACAGCUUAUGUAAGCAAACCUGGUAUUCAUUUGGCUGCAGCUCUACAGAUUCCAGAAGAUGAAGAUGUAUUAUUUGGAAUGUUUGGACAUGGAAACCCAAAUGACGUCAUAAAAAGCAACGGAGAAUCUGUAUUGUGUAUCUAUCCAAUGCGUAAUGUGAAGCAAGUAUUCACUCGAAACAUAAGGACUUGUUUUGAGGGCAUUGGCAGAACUGGACCUGACCAUAUUGCUACUCCCAAUAACUGUCAGAAAACGCAGACUUUAAACAUAGGAGAUGACUAUUGUGGACAAUAUGAUUUCAACAAUCCAAUCAGUGGUCCAGAGGCCGUCAGGGCUGACAUAGCCAUCAGUAUUAACGCCACAGCUUCCUCACUCAUAGUCACUACAACAAACGCCGGAUACACAGUCGCUUUUGUUGGUACCAAAACAGGGCAUAUAAAGAAGAUUGCUGUUGAGUCUGGUAAUAUUGCUAAGGAGUACAAUGUUAAAAUUAAUUUUUUUAUUUCUAUUUUCAAUAGAAAUGGAGUAUUUACUAAUUUAAAUCAUAUUAAAGCAACGGUGGUGGAAUCAGGAUCACUCAUUCAUAAGGACAUGUUUUUUGAUGAUGACAAAAGACAUCUCUUUGUUUUGACACCAAAGAAGCUACUGAAACUGGUGGUCCAGAGCUGCAGUCAAUAUAUAACCUGUGAGGAAUGUAGGGGGGCUAAGGACCCAUACUGUGGAUGGUGCUCACUAGCUAACAAGUGUACAUUAGCACAGGAAUGUUCAGAUUACAGUUCUCCCUUGAAAUGGAUGGGUUACAAUGGGGAGAGUUGUACAAAAAUUACACAAGUUUACCCAGAUAAAAUCCAGAAAGACAACAAAUUAACAAAGACUACCACUCUUACGUUAAAUAUUUCCAAUCUUCCAACCUAUAAUGGAUCGUACAAGUGUGCCUUUGAAGGCUAUGACAAGAAGAUAGAGACUGCCGCGACUAGGAGUAGUGCUAACGUUGUGAAAUGUGACACUCCCAUGCCUAAUGAAUUGCCACCAUUUCCAACGGGAACAGAUCACAUUACCAUGAGGCUGUCAGUUGUCAUCAUGGAACUAAACUUUGUGUCCGCCAACUUCACAUUUUUUGAUUGUGAAGUACAUACCAAACACUCAUGCUAUAGAUGUACUUCAAGCAGUUUCAACUGUACUUGGUGCAUCAAAAACCACCUGUGUACUCACCAUCCUGUGAUAGACUGCAGCUCUAAUGAUGACUUCAUAUCAGGACAAAAUAGUGCUGGAAUAUCGAUACCUCAUGAAAGUGGACCAAACUUUUGUCCCAGUAUUGACCCCAGCAAACAGCAGAACAUAUUAGUGCCAUCAGGAAUAGAGAAGACCAUCACUCUAAAUCUAAUCAAGUUAAAAUCGUAUCAGAGGCCCAUCAGGUGUGCUUUUGCCUUCAACUCUCAGACUGAGCCUCAGGGAGAGAUCGCAGAAGUGUUUGUCAUGCCAGUGGUUGUGAUGAUCAGGUGUAAAAAGACCAAGUUUUUUUAUCCAGGGGAUUCCGAGAGUUACAAUGUGCCUAUGAAGAUCCUAUGGGGUGACAAGUAUCCCAAGCCUCUGGACAAUCCCCAUAAUGUACAAGUUAUCAUGUACAAAUGUGAGAAUAUGGCUGAUUCAUGUGGGGAAUGUCUAACCCAAAAAGAAGAAUACACCUGUGGAUGGUGUAAAAAGACCAAUCAGUGCAGCCUACAGUCUUCAUGUGUGUCUCCAAAUAGUAGCUGGUUACCUAACACCUCCAACUGUCCAAAUCCCAUCAUAACCAGGAUUUAUCCACUUACUGGGCCUAAAGAAGGUGGGACCCUGCUGACUAUAGAGGGCAGAGACCUGGGCAAAUCCUAUGAAGACAUUGUGAGCAAUGUAGACAUAGCAGGAGUUCAGUGCUCUCCUAUCCGCAAAGAAUAUGUGGAAUCCAAAAAGAUUGUUUGUACAACUGGUCAAUUUAUUGGGAAGGAGGAGAGAUCAGACAAAGUGAGAGUCACUGUAGCAUUAAAACUGACAGCUGUGUCCAAACAACACUUUACUUACGUGGACCCAGAAAUUACAGAUAUUACACCAGCUCAAGGCCCCAAGUCAGGUGGAACCCAGGUCACUAUAUUUGGAAAGAAUUUAGAUUGUGGGACUGAAAGAAAGGCAUACUUUGGUCGCACUGAAUAUGAAUGCAGGCUUGAUAAUAAAAGUGUCACAAGAUCACGGAUAACCUGUAAAACAGCUCGUGCCAAUAAGACACUGGUUACAGAGGAGCUGUACAUGAUGUUUGAUAAUCAGCUGGUUAAGAGUGAUCUUGUCUACAAAUAUGUGGAGGAUCCUAAUGUUACAGAGGUGGACAGGAAAGUCUCCAUUGUCAGUGGAGGAUUGAAAGUCCUGGUCAGAGGCAAUGGUUUCCUGCCCAUUCAGAAUUCCUCUCCUAAGAUGGUCUUCUACAGCCCCGACCCACUCCGGAGUCCUUACUAUGGAGAAUGUCAAGUGCGUGAUGAUGUCACAAUGGAAUGCAGUACCCCACAAGUGGAGCCAGCAUUGAUCACAAAGAAACCUAAUUCACAAGACCAGCAGGGCUUGGCUUUUGGAUUCAUCAUUGACAAUGUCCAAAAUAUACGCAAUUUCAGUGCCUCCCACAAUGAAUUCUUUCAAAUUUGCCCUGACCCGGAUAUCAGUGUUUUUCCUAAUGACAAAAUUAAGUCAUUCCAGUGGAAGAGCAAUGAAUUUUUAACAAUAAGUGGAAUUAACUUGGAUCAACUUCGGCUGGAGAAGGAUGAUGUUGUGAUAAAGAUAGGCAAAAGUGAAUGUAAUAUAACAUCCACUGGUAGACAACUAACCUGUCGUCCCCCGAAGACUCGCCCCUCCCCAAUGAAGGGCGGCCAGUACCCCGAGGUGGAGGUUACAAUUGGGAAAAACCUGACCUUCUUUGUGGGUUACCUGAAGUAUGAGGAAACAGAUUUGGCUUUACCCCUGGAGUACAUUAUUCUGAUCAGUGUGGGGGGCGGGGUCCUCAUUAUCUCCGUCAUCGUCGUCAUCAUCAUGUACAGAAUGAAAAGCAAGAAGAACAACAGCAUGAUGAGGAAGAUGCAGAUACAAAUGGACAACCUGGAGUCUAAAGUCGCCAAGGAGUGUAAGGAAGCCUUUGUGGUGCUGCAGACAGACAUAGAUCAGCUGAUGAAUGACUAUAUGUCGGGUAACAAUGCCAUUCCUUUCUGGGACUAUCGCUCCUACUGUAUGAGGGUUUUGUUUCCCCAGGAUGGGGACACCAAUCAUCCUGUCAUCAAAGAUCUGGAGGUAAAACAACAGUAUUUAAAAUUAACACCCAGGCUUCACACAGUAGCCCUGCAGACAAAAAUGGAAUAUGCCACAGAUAUCCUCAAAACCUUGUUAGCAGAACUGAUAGAGAAGUCUGUUGAUGGCAAAAAUCACCCCAAGCUGUUGUUAAGAAGGACAGAAUCUGUGGCUGAGAAAAUGUUGACAAACUGGUUCACCUUCUUACUGUACAAAUUCUUGAAGGAUUGUGCCGGAGAGCCCUUAUUUUUACUGUACCAAGCCAUGAAAAAACAAGUGUCUAAGGGACCAGUGGACAUGGUUACCAGUGAAGCUAGAUUCUCAUUGAGUGAGGAUAAACUAAUUCGUCAACAGUUGGAUUACAGACAAAUGGAGAUCUUUGUAACUGAUCUGCAUGAGUUUGCCUCGCCGAUUCCAGUGCGAGUUCUGGAUUGUGACACCAUUACCCAGGUGAAGGAGAAGAUUCUGGAUGUACUGUAUAAACAUGUUCCCUACAGCAGUCGACCAGUCAAAGAAGAGGUCUCUAUCAUUUUGUAUGAUAAAUCUGCUCAUACCACAGAGUGGGCCAACAUGAACAAAGGCGGGCGACUGAUUCUACAAGACGAUGAUUCCACGACACGCGUGGAGGGAGAAUACAAGCGCCUGAACACACUUAGUCACUACAAGGUUCCUGAUGAAGCUUUAAUGUCCUUGGUAGAGAAACAGCCACCAUCUUACAACAAUCUCUCUCUGACCAACUCUGAAAAGUCCACCAGAUUUUAUGUUCCAGAGAAAUUUCAGCCACAUCACACGAGAACUUCCUCUUUUCAAAGAACUCUCUCUCCACAAGGUGUUCAUAUUGAAGGUUUAGAAAACUACGGUGUUAAAUAUUACCAUUUAGUUAAACCUCAUGACAGUGAUCCCACUGGUGAUGGGAAUCGUGGGAGUAAGAUGGUUUCAGAAAUCUACCUCACACGUCUGCUAGCCACCAAGGGAACACUGCAGCAGUAUGUGGAUGAUUUAUUUGAGAGAAUUUUCAGCACGGCCCACCGAGGCACAGUGCUCCCUCUAGCCAUUAAGUACAUGUUUGACUUCCUUGAUGACCAAGCUCUUCUUCACAACAUUAUGGAUACUGAGGUAGUUCACACCUGGAAGUCCAAUAGUCUUCCAUUGAGGUUUUGGGUGAAUGUUAUAAAAAAUCCUAAUUUUGUGUUUGACAUUUACAAAUCCAAUAUUGUGGAUUCUUGUCUUUCUGUUGUUGCUCAAACUUUCAUGGACAGUUGUUCCAUGAGUGAACAUAGACUUGGCAUAAACUCUCCCUCCAGUAAACUCCUGUAUGCCAAAGAUAUCCCUAAGUACAAGAAAUGGGUGGAACGCUAUUACCAAGACAUCAAGAUGAUGCCAGCCAUAAGUGACCAGGAUAUGACAGCACUCCUCACGGAUGAAUCAAGGCAACAUGCAGAUGAUUUUAACACAACAGCGGCCCUGUAUGAACUCUACAAGUAUAUUCAGCAGUACUAUGAAGAUAUCAUGAUGGCAUUAGAGGAAGAUGAAUUUGCAAAGAAGAAUCGGCUGACUUACAAAUUGGAGCAGGUUCGACAUGCAAUGGAUUCUGAACUGUACUGCUAGAGGAGUUGAGCUGCUUGUUGAUACCUACUGGUUGACAAAUUGUGGGGAGUUGAUCAACUGAUGGACAAGAUAAACCUGCAGUUGGACUGAGAACUUCUGAUUUACGGCUGAGACUUGCCAUGACUCUUAGUUGUCUUGUGUUUGCUUUUUGUUUCAUAUUGAUUUAUUCUUUUACUUUAACAGCUGUGUGCCAUAUUUCAAGAAAACGAAAACAAUUUUUAACAUAACCAAUGACAAUACUGCUGUUAGUGCAUUGUUAGCUGAUUUCUAUGUCGUUUUUAGGUAGUUUUAUCCUCGUGUAUUUUGAUAUGAUAUUUUACAAAGCUUUAAUUGUGCUCUAUAUUUAGAUCUGACUCUCAGAGAAUCCCCAGGUUAGUUAAGCCAAUGAAAACAUCACAAUGCCAACAUUGACUGUCUAUGCAGCACAUGCUGUUUGCUUUUGCUAUUUUAGAUGUGUAUAUUUGUGCCAAAGUACAUAUGAAUAUUAGAUAAUCAUUUUUUUCAUCCUCAUAAAUUCAUUUUAUAUUGAUAGUGUGAUAUAAUAUUGCUCAUUUUGUACAUAGAAACAAUGUUUUUAAAAUCCUCUCCACAGACAUAACUAUCAAGUGUUUUUAUGGUUACAAUUUUUACUUCAUAAUGCUCAAACAAGACUUGAUUAGGACAAACAGUCCUUUCCUUUCUAUAUCACAGUAGGUUGUAAGAGGUAGUUUUCAUUCCCAGCAUUGGUAAUUCUUAACAGAUUACUUCUUUUAAAGGCAUUUUUAUCACUAGGUCACCUGGUCACAAGGCUCGACAGAGCUUUUCAUAUCAAAGUUUAUCUCAGUCAGUUGUUUCCCUUGUCUCUGUUAAAAGUAACAUAAAAUUGUGUCUUAUGUGUGUUUUUUUUUUAAUGAAGAGGAGAUAAAUAGGGUAGAGUUUCAUGAAUUUGAAGACACCUUUUCAAGCUAAGACUUUGAACUUGUCAAGACUGUCAUAUGAAAAAAAAUAUCAGAUGAGCAUUAUGACCCUUUUUAUUAUAAUUUUAUCAUAUAUUUUGUGAUAAAUCAUUUGUUGUAUAGCUAAUUAUAACAGGUAAAUAAGUGAAGGUAUUCUAGUUAUCAUGUAUAAAUACUAAGGAGACUUAAAACUAGUACGGAGGAUGGAGAACUCUGUGUAUAAAAUGGCCCUGUCUAUUGAUAAUCAACUCAUUUUGUACCAUUUAUCAACUGUAAAAUCUGAUCUCCAUCUUCAAACAAUAAAGUAGAGACUUCAUGCUUCCAUUUACUAUAAAAUUUAAUACUGAUGAAUGUACAUGUAAGUUGUAUACAUGUACUGUAUAUUGAACAGACUAUGAAAACGACUAGUUUUGGCUUGUACAGGAAGAUAUAAUUAUAUGUAAGACCAUUCUAUUAAAAAAAAAAAACCAAGGUAUUAGAAUAAUUAAUCCAAAUAAGCUUUUGAAAUGGCAUUAUAGGAAUUUAUUUGGUCGUGCUAAUUUGGGAUCAUAGGUUGCACUCAUUUUGAUAUAUUGAAAAGCGUACAUUUAUAUUGGUCAUUCUGAUAGAAAUAUCUUAGAAAGGGGAAGAAUGAUGCAACUCAUUAUGUUUUGUGGGGGGAAAAAUUACAUUGUGAAGAGAUCUGGUCACCAUAUAUAUAUUUUUUUUUUGUUUACUUUGAUCAUACAUGUAAAUGUCUGUACAAGGGAAAGAAAUAGGGUGUUUUCUCUCCCUCCCCUUUUUAAAAACAUUUUACCCUUUUUACCCACAGACACAGUCUUUAAUAUGGACUCAUUCUUUAGAUUAAAAAAAAGAUGGCAAAAUGAAUGAAAAAGUCUACAGUAAAUGUAUAUCAUCACAAAUUUAUAUAUUCUAGUCUAAAUUUACAUUUGCUGCUCUAUUGUUUAAAAGACACACACGGGUUAAAACAAAACAUCAUAGCACUGUAAUAUUUUUAAAACUUUAUAUGGAUAUUUUUUUCCACAAGGACCACUCCUUUUCAAAUUUGAUAUGUUUGAAAUUUUCAGAAAUUUUACGGGCCAAAUGAGGCCAGGGGAGCAUUGCUCUUUAUUUAGUAAUGUCUUGUGCGUGUAUGUUCUUUUUCUGGCUAUUGAGUAAAUUAAAUGUUUGUAUAUGAAACUUUUUAAAAAUUGAAAUGAAAGAAAUGGCAGCUCAAGAUAUUUCUGUUUGGUAAUUAAAAUGUUUCUUUUUAUAUUUUGUAUGUGAAACAUAAUUUAAGUAAUGUAUACAUGUGCAGAUAAAUCAUUAAUUGAAUUUUUUUUUAAAUUUAAGGCUAAAUAUGUUUUAAUUAAAAAUUGUCCUGUUAUUGCAAUCAUUUCAUACGAUCAUGAUAUAAACACAUACAUGUAUUUGAAGUCUGCACAGAUUGGGUUAUUUUUUGUGUUUACAUUUGAAUAAACAUUGUGUCAAAGUUUAAUAUUACUUAAUAGGCCUAUAGUUAUUUAUACAAGAUUUAGCCAAACAUGAACAUUUCAUGCAUGAAUUGGUAGAGCUUACAUUUGUCAUGAAGUUACGAAGUAUUAUUAUGGAGAGAGUCCCAUUGUUUUUUAUUGUGAGGUAUAACCAGGGACCAGGCUUGUACCUCCCCCUCCUGUCUGUGUAUGUCAGUGAUCACACCCAUUACAACACAGACCUGAAUGUUUUUGAUAAGGAGGUGAAUUUGUCAAAGGUGCUGUGCACUUGUAGGUUGUACUUUACUAGAUUUUUACCUUUUUACUAGUGCAUGUAGUUCUACAUAUUAUAUUAAAUAAAAAAAAAAUGAUACAAAGCUUGAA